AUGUGGCGUAAGAUCUCCCGUACCCGACACGUCUCGCGUCCUAGGCGCGCUGGCCACAAGGUCGAAUGCGGCGAAGGUACGCCUAACGACCUGCUGCUCAAGCUUGCCGAACGCGCACUCGCGGUGCCUAAAAUCGUCGAGCACCUCUGGAUGCUCUCGAUCGUCACGCUCGAUCUGCUCAAAGAUAUCAAGCACGCGGACCGGUUCGCGAUCCAGGCGCAGUGCGGGCAUGAGCCCGUGGACGUGAUGGCGUACAUGCGCCGGCUCAUGGACGGCCAUGAACGCGACGACAACGCGCAAAUCUCGCUCAACUAUCUCCAGUUCACGCGCGUUCCGCUAAACGAGGUGCCUGAACGCGUGCGCAGCGCGCACAAGAGCGCGAAAGAGAAGCUCGCAAAGGAGCGCCGCGAUGCGGACGGCAUGCCGACCGCGAAAGACGCUCCCGUCGUCGCAUACUACUUCGUCACGGAGGAGGACGCGACGGGGAAGGACGGCCAGGUGUCGAUCGCGUACGUCCUGCCGGAGUGCACGUUGAGGUACAUGAACUCGAAUCCCAAGUCCGUCAUGCGCUCCGCAAUGUUUGGCGAUACCGAGGUUGAUGUAGACAUGAGCAGUCUUAGAGAUGGCCUGAACCUCGUAAUCCGGAAUGACAAAACGAAUGAGCUGCGUCUGCGUGGUUAUCCAACCAAGGAAAGACGUAAAACUACCCCGGAAAGUGAGCCCCAUGUUAUUCAUAUUACCGAAGAUGCGGAGCCGAGGUGA